UCAACCACAAAAGCCAGUCGAGCUGGAAAAACAGCUCGGCGUCCACUCACACGCCCUGGAAACACCUGACAAUCAUAACAACAGCUCGGCGUCCGCAUACCGCCACCGAGCGCUGCUUCAGAUUUACCGUCGGAGGAACUCCCGGCCAAAAUGAGUAAAAUCACGAAAUUCUUCAAGGGGAGUUCGAGCUCCGGCUCGUCGUCCGGGAGUAAGUCCAAACACCACCACCGGUCCAAGGGGGGACCCUCUCCCCAGGAGGCCAUCCACAAGCUCCGGGAGACUGAAGACAUGUUGAGCAAGAAGCAGGACUACCUGGAAAAAAGAAUCGAGCAGGAAAUCAUGAUAGCCAAGAAGCAUGGCACAAGAAAUAAGAGGGCUGCCCUGCAGGCCUUGAAGAGAAAGAAACGCCUGGAGCAGCAGCUGACACAGAUCGACGGCACGCUUUCCACCAUCGAGUUCCAGCGGGAAGCUCUGGAGAACUCGCACACCAACACAGAGGUGGUGAGAAACAUGGGCUACGCCGCCCAGGCCAUGAAGAAGGUCCACGACAGCAUGGAUCUAAACAAGAUAGACGAUCUGAUGGAAGACAUCAACGAGCAGCAAGAUGUGGCCCGGGAAAUCAACGAAGCCAUCUCCAGACCCUACGGCGAAACUUACGACGAGGAUGAGCUGCUGGCCGAGCUAGAGGAACUGGAGCAGGAGGACAUGGAGGAUAACCUGAGGAGCAUGGGAGGACUGCCCUCAGUGCCCAGUGCAAGACUGCCCUCGGCUCCAUCAGGACGCGUAGCUCACCGCGCAACGGCCAGAAGAAGGGGCGAGGAUGAGGAAGACAUGCGCAUGCUGGCAUCGUGGGGAUCAUAAGCCUUUUUUUUUCGAGAGGGGAGCGAAAAACCGACAGAUUUCCAUUUUUAAUUUCUCAGGGGGUUUGAAGCAAUUGCCACCAUCUUGGGACAUGUUCCUCAUGUAUUCAUUGAGCAGCCAGCCGCCAUGUUACACUGAAGGAAAUUGUUUACUGUGCUUCCUGUCACUUUUUUUUCCUGUUUCAUUUUAAAAUUUGAUAUGAAUCGUGGCCGAGUCACUAACUCUGAAGGAUUUCCAGCACUGAG